AUGAAUUGCCCUCUGAUUCUGCUGCUUCUCUUGUUGGGACCAAUUUCUGCUCUUCAUCUGAAGAAUGAUGUCCCCAACCUGGAAAAUCCAGAGAUGGUGGCAGACUUGAGCCAGGAUCUGGAAGGCUCGGGGGAGCAGGAGGGAGAGUUGGCCCUCCCUGAGAAGGAGACUCCAUCAGAGGGGGGGGAGUGUGAGACUUCUGAGAACGAAGAACUCCCUGAGGACGCUGAGCCCCUAGAUUCCGACUCAGAUGCCUUCGAUGAGGACUUGGAAUGCCCCAAAGAAGAAGACACAGCGCUAGUACAGGGAAGCUCUGAGUGCAAAACUUGUCACUUCCGGUUGGUGAAGACUCCCAAGACAUUUAGACAAGCUCGGAAGAUCUGCCAGAGGUGCUAUAGAGGCAGCCUGGUCUCCAUCCACAGCUCCAGCUUCAACUCCCAGGUCCAGUGUGUGGCCAGUGGGAUCAACCAGUGCCAGGUGUGGAUUGGAGCCAUCAAGAGAGCCUGCCAUAAUAGGUUUCGCUGGACUGAUAGGAGCUGCUGGGAUUAUUCAAACUGGGCACCAGGACAGCCACAGUGUGGGCAAGGUAGAUGCGUGGCCUUAAGUAUUAAAGGGUUGGGCACUGAGAGCAUGGCAAUGAGGGAGGCUGGCCCCCGAGAGGGCGGGGGCUGCAGGGCCGUGCCUCGGCAGCGCCACCUGGAGGGGGUCCCGUGGAACUGA